UAUACGAUAGAACAGAUUCGGAGGGGUUUAAAAAGGACAGCAGUGGAGCUGAGCUGACACCGAGGCUCAGGCUGAGAGACACCAUGAAGGCUUUCAUUCUUCUGGCUCUGUUCGCAGUGGCAUAUGCUGCUCCCCUCAAUGAUGAGGACGACAAGAUUGUUGGAGGUUAUGAGUGCAGGAAGAACUCUGUUCCCUACCAGGUUUCUCUGAACGCUGGCUACCACUUCUGUGGAGGCUCCCUGAUCUCCAGCACAUGGGUGGUGUCUGCUGCUCACUGCUACAAGUCCCGUAUCCAGGUUCGUCUUGGUGAGCACAACAUUGAAGUGAACGAGGGCACCGAGCAGUUCAUCAACUCUGCUAAGAUCAUCCGUCAUCCCAACUACAACAGCCGUAACCUGGACAAUGACAUCAUGCUGAUCAAGCUGAGCAACCCCGCCACCCUGAACAGCUACGUCCGCACCGUGUCCCUGCCCUCUGGCUGCGCUAACUCUGGAACCACGUGUCUGAUCUCUGGAUGGGGCAACAUGAGCAGCUCUGGAAGCAACUACCCUGACCGUCUGAGGUGUCUGGAUGCCCCCAUCCUCAGCGACACCAGCUGCAGGAACUCCUACCCUGGACAGAUCACCUCCAACAUGUUCUGUGCUGGAUUCCUGGAGGGAGGCAAGGACUCCUGCCAGGGUGACUCUGGUGGCCCCGUGGUCUGCAGCGGUCAGCUGCAGGGUGUGGUGUCCUGGGGCUACGGCUGUGCCCAGAGGAACAAGCCUGGAGUCUACGCCAAGGUCUGCAGAUACACCACCUGGAUUCGCAGCACCAUGUCCUCCAACUAAAUGACUAGUGGUGGGAUUCCUGUGUGCUGCAAGAGAAGACAAAAAAACAUCAUGUCAUGUGCACACUUCGACACUGUGUAAAAUGAAAAAUAAAGAUGGUUUACAAAACAUUCA